AUAUUCUUAGAAAUACAGUUCAUCAAAUCAGCGACUUACACCCUGUUUGGAUUGGAGGUGUCGGACGGAGAGGGAGGGGAAGGGAUGGGGACGGAUGGCAAGGGAGGGGGAGUGAGGGGGGGCUGUCUCCUUCCUCCUGUUUGGGUUUCCAAAGAGGCAGAGGGGGAGGGAGAUGGACUGAUUUGGACUCCCUCCAACCACCCUCAAAUUUGCAAAUUUGCAAUCCGCCCGAUUUGGGGGGUUUGGGAGGGAUUUGAGUGGUUAUUUAGACUAGGGUAAAUGUAAUUACAAAAUUAACCUUAAUUUUUUUUAUUAUAUCCUUCUCCUUCCUGCGGCAACAACACCUAAACUCUCCUUCUCCUUCUUGCCGGCAACAGCACCAAAACCAGAGGAUUCAACAGAGGCCAUAAACCAGUAAGUAUACU